CUGCUGCUCAGGGUCCCUCCUUACAGGUCCGGGGUCCCUCCUUUCCCGGGCUUUCCGUAAAAGCACUUCCCCGGGGGCCGCCGUUUGCGCUCGGCCUGGCCAGAGAGGCCGCUCGGGGAACGGAUCUCAUUGGGCGCGGGAGGCUGAUGGCCAAGACUGAGGCGUUUAGAGAAGGAGCUGGCACUGGAGAUCGAACCCACGACCUUGUGAAAGCUAAGCAUGUGCUCUACCGCCGAGCUAUCUUCCCCUUCCUUUGGAUUCUUGCUGCCGCUCCAGAUGCUGCUGCUGCCGCCGCGGCCACCCCACCCUCGGUCCUCCUCCCCGGAGGCCAUGGACCCACCGCCCCCCAAGGCUCCCCCUUUCCCCAAGACGGAAGGCCCUUCCUCCACUCCUUCCUCGGCCGCAGGGCCCCGACCCCCGCGGCUGGGACGCCACCUGCUCAUCGACGCCAACGGGGUCCCCUACACGUAUACGGUGCAGUUGGAGGAGGAGCCCCGGGGUCCACCCCAGCGCGAGGCACCGCCGGGAGAGCCGGGCCCUCGCAAGGGCUACAGCUGCCCGGAGUGCUGCAGCACCGGGUACGGGGCCGGGAGGCGGGAGGGAGCCGGAGCGGGCCGUGCAGAGGGGCGGGGCCGGGAGAGCGGGUACCUGAGCGCCGGGCUGGGAGGGGCUGUUCUGAGGGCUCGGAAAGGGCGCUGCCGAGAACUCGCGUAG